AUGGCUAGAGUUUGCUGGCCAUACUUUGAUCCUGAGUAUGAGAACCUGAGCACAAGAAUCAAUCCCCCAAGGGUAUCCGUAGACAACUCUAGCUGCAGUGACUGUACUCUAGUCAAGGUCGAUAGUGUCAACAAACCCGGAAUUCUGCUUGAAGUUGUGCAAAUCUUGACAGACCUUGACCUCAUAAUCACCAAAGCCUACAUCUCCUCUGAUGGCGGAUGGUUCAUGGACGUAUUUCAUGUCACCGAUCAACAAGGAAAAAAACUUGCAGACAGCAAAACCAUUGACUACAUAGAGAAGGCUUUAGGACCAAAGGGCCAUAUCACAGAUGUACUGAAGGCCUGGCCAGGAAAACGGGUUGGAGUGCACUCUGUUGGUGAUCACACAGCCAUUGAGCUCAUUGGCAGAGACCGGCCAGGCCUCUUAUCCGAGAUCUCUGCUGUCCUUGCCAAUCUUCACUUUAAUGUAGUUGCUGCUGAAGUAUGGACACACAAUAGAAGAAUAGCCUGCGUUGUGUAUGUCAACGAUAAUUCUACAUGCCAACCUGUGGAUGAUCCAAACAGAUUAUCUACUAUGGAAGAGCAGCUCAAGAACAUCCUGCGUGGGUGUGAGGAUGAUGAGAAAGUUGGUCGUACAAGCUUCUCUAUGGGGUUCACCCAUGUUGAUAGGCGGCUACACCAGAUGUUGUUUGCUGAUAGGGAUUAUGAGGGUGGUGGACUAGCAAAUGAAGUUGAUCACUAUCCUCCCUGCUUCCAACCGAAGAUCACGAUUGAGCGUUGUGAAGAAAAAGGAUACUCAGUGGUCAGCGUCCGGUGCAAAGACCGCGCAAAGCUCAUGUUUGAUAUUGUAUGCACACUCACAGAUAUGCAAUAUGUUGUUUUCCAUGCCACCAUUUCAUCUGAUGGACCGUACGCAUCACAGGAGUAUUUUAUUCGUCACAUGGAUGGUUGCACCCUUGAUACUGAAGGAGAGAAGGAGAGGGUCAUCAAAUGUAUUGACGCUGCAAUUCGGAGACGAGUAAGCGAGGAUCUAAGGCUAGAGCUAUGUGCAAAGGAUAGAGUAGGCUUGCUAUCUGAAGUAACAAGGAUCCUGAGGGAGAAUGGGUUGUCAGUAACAAGAGCAGGCGUCACAACUAUUGGGGAGCAAGCAAUGAAUGUCUUCUAUGUUAGAGAUUCUUCAGGCAAUCCAGUGGACAUAAAGACGAUCGAAGCACUUCGUAAAGAAAUCGGGCACACAACGAUGUUCAAUGUGAAGAAAGUACCAACAAGUUCUAAGGCACCUGAGACGAAGGGAUGGGGCAAGACAAGCUUCUUCUUUGGGAACUUGUUAGAGAGGUUCUUGGCUUGA